AAGACUGAGUGUGAAAAGAGUCGAGUGAAUGGAUAUAACAACUGCCAAUGAAAUUCAUCUCAUUUCAUGCACGGUUUCAAAGCAAGCUGUAGUAUCUCAUUUUACCUUUGAACGUGUCAUAACGGAGUUUUACGCUAACAAUACAACAUGCCGCCGAAGAAGUUUAGUGACGGUGAGAAGGUCUUGUGCUUUCACGGGCCAAUGAUCUACGAAGCCAAGUGUAUUCGAGGUCAGGUGAAGGACAAAGCUAUGCAGUAUAUGAUUCAUUACAAUGGCUGGAAUAAGAGCUGGGAUGAGUGGGUGCCUGAGAAUCGAGUAUUGAAGUACAAUGAUGCCAAUCUGCAGAAGCAAAAAGAGCUGCAGCAGCAAAGUAAGAGCAGUAAAAAGCGACGUGGAGGUCCUGAUCGUACUGGUCUUGGUGAUAAACAUGAGAAAUUGAAGAAAGCUGAGGUUGUGGAGCCAACAAGGAAGCGCCGACGUGGUGAUGCCAUGAUGACAGCAGAUGAGGACAGUUCCAGUAAACGUGCCAGCAAUCAGAUUGUUCUAACCGUACCCGAUGCACUGAAGAGAUGGCUACUGGAUGACAAUGACCUUGUUAAUAAGCAGAAACAGCUUUUGGAGCUACCCAGUAAAUGUACUGUCAGCACAUUUCUAGCAGACUUUAAGAAAACAAUUGAGUCAGACAGAAAGAGACAUGGCAUUGCCAGUGAAGUAUGUGCUGGUAUCGUGGAGUACUUCAAUGUUCUACUUGGCCCACAGCUACUCUACAAGUUUGAACGUGCUCAGUAUGCUCAGCUUGUACUGGAUCACAGUGAACUGUCGGUGUCUGAGAUCUAUGGAGUGGAGCAUCUACUACGAUUGUUUGUACGUCUUGGUUCAGUGUUAUCCUACACUGGGUUGGAGGAGCAGAGUUGUAAUCUUCUUCUUCCACAUAUCCACGCUAUCCUUGGAUAUUUGAGUGAGAAUAGCCAGAAAUACCUGUCUUCUGAUAACUACCAUGCUCCACCACCAGAGUAUCACCGUCGCCUGUCAUGAGAAGGGCAGUACUGCUUUGACGUUCAUCUCUAGUCAUCACUGUCUCUACUACUACUUCUGCUGGGCAUGUUGACGUGAUGGCAAUGGACAUAGAUAUGCGUGGACAGCAGCCAAACUACUGGCAUGAUGUGCUGCGGUGGCGGUAGCGGCGAGUAUGCCUUAUUUCAUUGUAUAGCCGUUGAGUGUUCGACUAACAUACAAUAGUCGUAUUGUGCAGUUGUCGCCUUGUGCUACUGCAGUACUGGCGAUGCUGAGACCGGUGUUCGUGUUAUCCAUACUUUGGUCUUGCCUGGCGACUUUUUGGGUGACACUGCUCAUGAUGCUGGUGACAUGCUCAUUGUGUUACAUGCACAGCAGCCGUGUGAAGGACACUCUGUAUGCAUUUGUUGGCAUGUAUGCCGGCUAGCUGCAAUGCUCCACUGCGGCAGUACCAAAGCUGGAGGAAAUGUGUCCCCUCCUCUUAACUGCUGAUGUGUCUUCUCUUGCGAUGCGCUGAGUUUUCCAAGCAUGUUUACACCCACAGGCACAACCGUAUACUCAUCGUCCUACUCUCUCUCUCUCUCUCUCUCUCUCUCUCUCUCUCUCUCUCUCUCUCUCUCUCUCUCUCUCUCUCUCUCUCUCCAUCUCCCUCUCUCUCUCAGGGGGCUAUGAGUAGAACAGUGGUAGCAUACAGUGGUAUGUUUGAGUGUUAUACUUCUCUGCUCUACCUCUGCUCAUGGUUGUACUAGGCGCUACCUGUGGUCAUACUGCCAUGUGGUCAUACUGCCAUGUGGUCAUACUGCCAUGUGGUCAUACUGCAAUGUGGUCAUACUGCCAUGUGGUCAUACUGCCAUGUGGUCAUACUGCCAUGUGGUCAUACUGCCAUGUGGUCAUACUGCAAUGUGGUCAUACUGCCAUGUGGUCAUACUGCCACUGCUUUCCCUGUUUACAGUGUUUAGAUCUCAUUGAUGCUUUGUCAUGUACAUGUAGACUGUGCGUGUGGUGCUGGCCCCGUGUGUGUGUGUGUGUGUGUGUGUGUGUGCACGCGUGUGAGAGAAAGAAAGUGUGUGUGUGUGCUACUGUUUGUUGGUAUGUAGAGGUAUGCGUCUAAGAGCGGAUGCAAGUGCUCUUUUCUCCCUGAUCUGCAAGUAGUAUAUGUAACAACUAUUGCAGGCAACUUUUUAUCUUUUUUAUUCCACACGGUUUGCGUUUUGUUUUUGUUUCAUGUGCUUGUGUGUGUCUUGAUGAGAGGCUCCACUGAGCUCCAGCACAGCGUGACUAUGACUCAUCCUUGCUUGUACAUGCUAUUGUAUUACUCUUAUCCACUGCCCUGCUCAUUUUCUUUCUGUCAUAUUAGCUUGGCCAUACAUGCCGCUUGCCAGUACUUUAAUACUCCUUAGAAGGCAUUGAUUAUGUAACAGCUUCGCCUUGCAGCCGCCCUAUUUCACCUGGCCUAAAUUGAGUAUGGGAUAAUAAAAUAAUAGAUCAUGCCUUCAUUGUGUUCCCUAGCCCCCCCCCCCCCCCCUCCCCUUCGCGCGCUUCAAACUACUUCAAGUACAGAAUGAUAUUAUAACGUUACUAGAUGAGUACGUGUUCCUUGUUUUCGUAAGCCUCGCUCGUGCUUACGCUGCUGGUGUAGUGUUUUGUUUUUGUUUGGCUUCAUUCUGAUUAUCUUAGCACAUGACACCAACAAAGUUGUGUUUUAUUUACUGUUUUAUUUACUGUUUUAUUCUUCUGAUUUAUGAUACCUCAUCAAUCUUGUUCGUAUAUGCUGGUCCCUUGCUUUGACUUGCUCUGGACUUUGUGUCCAAUUCCACA